AAAAAGGACAGCAAGGAUGAACGACGUCCUGUAUACAGAGCUGAGAGCAGAGUCCACAUAGAGCCAGUAAAGCCGUUAAGCCCUAUUGUAAAACAUGAUAUGUUGGCCGAUCAACCAGCGCCCGCGGGAACUACUGAAAUUAACAGAGUUGAUACUCUAACAAUUCCCAAUUAUGGAUUCGUGGCUGCGCCAGCUGAAGUCGCAUACCCCGAUGUCCCUUAUGCACCUGGCUAUGGCUAUGAUUCCGGAUAUGGAACUUCUAACAACUAUGACGUGUAUGCAAAUGGUCCGAAUAGUUAUUUGAUGGAGCCUGACACAUCUGCCUUCAGUUUACUCUGGAGCCAAGUUCCUGAUUCUAGAACAAUGGUCAGCUACGUCGGCAGGACCUUCGUAUGGAUGUUCAACAGUAUCUUCACUUUGCUUAUCGGUUCAUUGCUCACUGUUGGAGUCUGUUCUUACACCAAUCUCUGCUCUAUCACUUUCCAUGGUGUCGGGCCCAUCCAUGAAGAGAUGAGAUCCCUUAUGAGUCCUGAACGUUUGGAGAAAAUCAGCCAUGCCGCAGAUUUCGUUAAGACUGCAAUAAAUAAGUACCAGAAAAUCCAGAAAGUCACCGACCGCAAUGGUCAGAGAAAACGGCGUGCUGCUUUCUAUAGAAAAUAUUAAUUUAUAAUUUGUGUCCUAAAAAGUUCAAA